AUGGCGGCGGGGAAGGCCAUGGCGGCGGCCGAGCCCCUGGGGCGGACGGCGGAAGAGGUGGCUUGGGCGGAGGCGCUGCGCGGGGCCUGCGAGCCCGAGCACCACUGGCGGCACCGCCGGGAGUUCCUGCUGCGCAACGUGGGGGAGCCGCCGGCGGCGGGCAGCGCCCAGCUCCAGCGCCUGGUGUCCCUCUCCAUGGUGUGGGCCAACCAUGUCUUCCUGGGCUGCCGGUACCCGCCGCAGGUCAUGGAGAAGGCGCUGGAAAUGGCCGAAGGCAUCCAAGUGACCGGCGCGCCUGUCCGCACCACGAGAGAUGAACUGGUUGCCAAGGUGAAGAAAAGAGGCAUAUCAAGUAGCAAUGAAGGGGUAGAGGAGCCCUCCAAGAAGCGAGCUGUGGAGAAAAGCAAAGAUUCUAAGGAUACUGGGAAGGAUGUGAAAACAACUAAGGCAGAAGCCCUAAAGGAAACGGAGAGCACAUUGCCAAAAAAGCAGGAAAAAGAUACUAGCAAAGGUCCAGAAAGCUCCCAGUCAACUUCCAGUUCAAAUCAAGAAAUGGUCACAGCAUCAGACAUAGAAACAGAAGGAAAAUCUGCUAAUGCUGAAAAUACUACUGAACAAAAUCCGUCUUCAUCUGAAAAAGAGUCAGGAGAGAAGCCUCGCUCGAAUCCGCCUAAGGAAAGCAAGUCUGAAAAUGUGCCGUCACCCGAAAAGAAAACUACAGUAAGCACAGCGCCACCGGCUGCCAAGAGUGCCCCGCAGGCAGUGGCAGUGCCAGCGGCGGUGCCACCGGCUGCCAAGAGUGCCCUGCAGGUGGUGGCGGUGCCACCGGCAGUCAAGAGCACCCCACAGGCGGAGGCGGUGGCAGCGGCAGUGCCACCGGCCACCAAGAGCACCCCGCAGGCAGCGGCAGUGGCAGCGACAGUGCCACCCACCACCAAGAGCACCCCACAGGCAGCAGCAGUGCCACCGACCAGCAAGAGCACCUCGCAGGCAGCAGCAGUGCCACCGACCACCAAGAGCACCCCUCAAACAAGUGCUACAUUGCUGUCUUCCAAAAACCAAGUGAGUGCCCCAGCAUCAGUGUCCAAGAGCGGCGCUCAGGCGGGCAGCUCGCUGCUUCUGGCACCCAAGAGCAGCACUCAGGCAGGCACCUCGCUUCUGCUGGCCUCCAAGGGCAAUGCUAAGGCGGGCUCUUCGCUUCUGGCCUCCAAGAGCAGCGCUGAGGUGGCUGCCUCGUUGCUGGCUGCUCGGAGCGGUGCUCAGCAGGGAUCCUCGCUGCUGACUUCCAAGAGCAGCGCUCAGGUGGCUGCUUCACUGCUGGCCGCUCGGAGUGGCGCUCAGCAAGGUCCCUCGUCACUGGCCUCCCGGGGUGGAGCUCAGGCAGGUGCUUCCCUACUGGCCUCCAAGGGUGGCACACAGGCUGGUUCACCACAGCUUGCCUCUAAGAGCGGCUCACAGGCAGGUGAAAGCCCUGCUAAGGCUUUGUGCAAACCGUUAACCAGCGAAGAUGCAAAGGAAAGACAACCUUUUUUCAACAGACUGUACAAAGCUGUAGCCUGGAAACUGGUUGCUGUUGGAGGCUUCAGUCCUAACGUAAAUCACGCAGAACUUCUAAACUCAUCUAUUCAGUCUGUAAAAGCUACGUUAGAUGUUGCUUUUGUUCCCCUGAAGGAGCUUGCAGACUUGCCUCAAAAUAAGAGCUCUCUAGAAAAUAUAGUUUGUGAACUGAGGUGCAAGUCUGUCUACUUGGGUACUGGCUGUGGUAAAAGCAUGGAAAAUGCCAAAGCGGUUGCUUCAAGAGAAGCUUUGAAAUUAUUCCUCAAGAAGAAAGUUAUUGUGAAGAUCUGUAAAAGAAAAUACAAAGGUAGCGAAAUUGAAGAUUUGGUACUUCUGGAUGAAGAAUCAAAACCUUCAAAUUUACCCCCAGCUUUAAGAAAUCCUCGUGAGAUCUUGUAGGGGAGAGUCGCUGUUUGUACCUGUAGAGUAUUUCAACACAAGGACUGAAGGUUAAUUUUGUACUUUAAAAAUGUAGGCUUCCAGAUAUUUUGUAUUUCUUUCUCAGUUUUGCAAGACAAUGAUAGUUCUUUCACUUGGUAGCAAUUGUAUAAAAAACUUGUCAGAGAUGACAAGUGCGCAUUUAAAGGUAUGCCUUAAUAUAUAGCACACUAGUGUGCUGUUUUAUUUGCAAAAUAGUCUACCUAAUUAUUCUAUUUUUAAUUAAAUGACUAAGGUACAAUUUGCUGUUUAAAACCUGACAAUUUUGUAAUUCUUACGAUUUGAUGGCAGUGUGCUCAAUUGUCUACCAUGUCUUUUUUAGCCACAUAGAAGUAUGUAUAUAGGGACCAUAAUACUUGAAUGAUUGAAAGUUGUUUAAAAAUUUCAAUCAAAAAGUUGAAUCAUCUGUUUCAGGCUUGUUGCUCAUAAUGUUCACUGUUGCUCAUACUAGGAGAGAAAAUAGUUAGUUGAUUAUUUUUAUGGGAUGUUUUCAUAACACUCGCAAUAUAAACGACUCCCUGAUCCCAUUUAACAUUAUACUAGCAGGUUAGAUCCCAUUUAAAGUUAUACUGGCGAAUUAUCAAUUAGCAGUCAAGUCACAGCUACUUCAGGCACCAAAACUCUGUAAGCCGAUUUAAUUUAUAUUGUGAAAUAUCAUUUACAGGUUUUUUUUCAAAUAAACAUGGAUUUCUACACUAA